AUUCGUUGCAUUUAAGUACCUUGGCUUCAGGUGUAGCUCCAUUAGCUUCUUGAAUCCUGGUUCCGACCCCAAAAGCUGCCACGAUGCAAGGAGGACCUUCCGGCAUCGGCUACGGUCUCAAGUAUCAGGCUAGAUGCAUUUCCGACGUCCAAGCAGAUACGGAUCACACCAGCUUCAUCACCGGAACUCUCAGCCUCAAAGAAGAAAAUGAGGUGCAUUUGAUUCGACUCUCUUCAGGUGGAACGGAGCUUGUUUGCGAGGGCUUGUUUUCGCAUCCUAACGAGAUCUGGGACCUUGCUUCAUGUCCCUUCGAUCAGCGCAUAUUCUCCACCGUUUUCUUCACUGGUGAAUCAUAUGGCGCAGCAGUAUGGCAGAUCCCUGAGUUAUAUGGUCAGUUGAAUUCACCCCAGUUGGAAUGCAUUGCCCCCCUAGAUGCACAUGUUGGUAAGAUUAAUUGUGUUCUUUGGUGGCCAUCUGGAAGACAUGAUAAGCUGAUCAGCAUUGAUGAAGAAAACAUUGUGUUAUGGAGUUUAGAUUGUUCAAAAAAAUCUGCCCGGGUUGGUUACCAGUGGAAGGAUUACUUCGUCUUUUGAAAUGAUGCUAAAUUUCACAUGAUUUAUGUUCAAAUAUAUGGAAUCAUUUUCUACAUGCCAAUGAUAAUUGCUAUUUUAGCAAAACCUUUAACCUUCUAAUGUGCCUGUGCUAAUUCAUUUUUAGAUCUUAUUUUGGUAAUUUAGGUACAUUCUAAGGAGUCAGCAGGUAUGCUGCAUUACUUAUCUGGUGGAGCAUGGGAUCCGCAUGAUGUAAAUGCUGUUGCUGCAACCUGUGAAUCAUCAAUACAAUUUUGGGAUUUGCGGACAAUGAAGAAGGCAAAUUCAAUUGAGCAUUCGCAUGUUCGCUGUGCUAAUUAUGACACUAAGAAAAAGCAUAUACUUGUCACUGCAGAAGACGAAUCUGGGAUAUGCAUAUGGGACCUUAGAAUGUCAAAAGUUCCCAUCCAGGAGCUUCCUGGACAUACACACUGGACAUGGGCUGUUACCUGUAACCCUGAGCACGAUGGACUGAUUCUGGUUCUCUCUCUCUAUCCUUCCCAAACACCACUCUCACUUUUCCCAACUCUUCCAGCCCCCAAAGAAAAAGCAAUAGAGAAUGAGAAAAAAAAAAUUGUAGUGAUGUGCAUCCAUAUUGGUUGUGUGCAUUUUAUUUGGAAUGUGAUAUGGCAACAUGUUCAAAAUAAAUUUGAUUAAACAUCCAUUUCAGCUAUGUUCUCGUUUUGGCUUCAUAAUAGAUCUGAGGUUGUACUAGACUAGCUACAAGUCCUUAUCUGAAUAUGCCUAACCAAUAUGGCGGAUGAAUAAAUACCAUUCUAUUUUACAAGUUACAACCAUAUCUCUCUGGAUGUUGGUGUCAUUAAUAAGCCACAAAAAUAAUUUUUGUUUUUAAUUUUUUUGAAAUAUCUUGACAAGUGGUAGGUUACUGCAGAGUGCUGGUACAGACUCAACUGUUAACUUGUGGUUGGCUUCAACAUCCAGGAGUGACAAGUUAACUUCUGAUAGCCCGGUUGAAUCACGUAGCCAACAGUUUGAUCCAUUGCUUAAUUCAUACAGUGAUUAUGAAGACAGUGUAUAUGGUCUUGCUUGGAGUUCUCGUGAGCCUUGGAUAUUUGCUUCCUUAUCUUAUGAUGGAAGGGUAGUCGUAGAAUCAAUCAAACCCAUCCUAUCCAGAAAAUAAAUAAUCAACUCAUUGGCGUUGUCCCUUCUGGAAAAUCUCUGGUCGCACACCAACGACAGAGGUGACACAUCUAACUCGUGUGAACCUGUAGAACCCGCAGUUGAUACGUACAGGCAGCUGAAACAGGAAUAUUCAGGGUGCUACACCUCAAAGAUUGAUUACAUGCCCUUUCCAAUUUAUUGCAAGCACACCAUUCUUUUCCCUUGAUAUUGUGCUUAUUGUCUGUCAUAUUGUAUUGAAGUCUGUUGAGGACUUUACCGUAGGAAAACGUCUUUUUUUUUUAUGACUAGUUUUCCUUUUGCGUUAUGAAAGGCAAGUUAGUGUUCUGAGUUCUCAGCUGGAAAGUGCAAAAGCGAGCAAUAUGAAACACAAAGCCCGCAUCACAAUUACUUUUGUUAGUACACGAAACUUUCUGAAGUGGACGUUGAGCUUAUCCAAACACCCAGGAACAUGAGUCAGAUCGCAAAUCUGCUGGUUUCCUCGUCCAGAGGCAGAGAUCCACGUCCUCUGCUUGUUCUGAUUUUGCUUCACACGUGGCAAACUAGUCACCAUGAAAGUUUGUUGAUUUUUGAUUUUAAGUGACGUUCUCUCUCCUAUUUUUUCUUUGUUGUUAGAUUAUUUCACUAUUUACCAGUCUGGCUUAGCUUUUGAUCAAUUUUAUUCAAUAAUUAUUUUUAGAUUAAACUUCAAUUACCAACACUUUUCCCUUUGAGCUCAUCAGAUUUUGUUUCACAUUUUAAGUAAAACUUUCAAUUUUUA